AAUGUUUGAAUAGGAGUAUUAUAAGAGAAUUAUUGAUAAACAAAUAACUCCAAAUAAAUGUACAAUAAAUACUGGCAAACCUUGGUUUCCAUAAUUGAAACAUAGAUUAGCUUUAAAAGGUAAUAAUUAGUAAAGUAUAAUAUAGAUUACGAUUAUAAGUUUUUUGUGUUGCCUCCAAAUAAAAUGGUGUCAUUAUUAAAGAAAUAAAAGAUUAAUGUACCAUCAGAUGAAUAGAUUAGAGAAUUUCUAAGAAAUCAUUCACUUAAACAUUUAGUAUAAUAUGAUGCUUUAGACUUUAAAAAUGUUGAUAAGAUUUGUUCAUCAAAUAGUCCAUCUCCCUUGAUGAUAAAUAAAAAGAAUAGAAAAAUAUUUAUGUAACAAAAUCCAAAUACAAAUUAUAAAUUAAUUGAAUCAAAACCAUAGACAGCAUAGAAGUUAUUUGAUAGAUAAUCAUCAGUAUAACAUUGUAGGAUGCGAGAAUUGAAAUCAUAGCAAAUAGAAAUUAGACCAAAUAGAGAAAACAUGGAAUUAGAAGUAAAAGGAAUAAAAAAGAAAAUGAGAAUUCAUGAAAUAUCAACUAAAUCUACUCCAUAGAUAGAUGCAUCGAAUUUAAAAUAUUGUACAUAAAGUAAUAAGAUAAGAAUUAAGAGAAAAAUAGAUUUAUUAAGUCGUUCUUUGAAGAAAAUCAAUCUUUUAGGAUUAUCUAUAAUUGAUGUGAUAUAGAAGAAUAUAUUUAGUAAAAAAGCUUUUUCAUGUUAAUUUUCUAAGGAAUUUAUAUUUGCAUCAAAAUAGAAUAGAUUAGAAGAGAUGUAAAGUUUUUUAAUAACUCAUCCUUAUUUAGUAUUUUAAUAUGAUUAUUAUAAUAUGACUGCCCUUCAUUGGGCAUGUAAAUAUGGAUAUUUAGAUAUGGUAAGAAUGUUAUUAGAUUAUCAUGCAGACUUUGAUGCAUUAGAUUUAAUGAAUAGGACUCCAUUGAGUAUAGCAAUAAUAGAAAAUCAUUAAGAGAUAGUUAAAUUAUUGCUUACUCAUGGUGCUUAUCCUUGGAGUACUAGUUUAACAGAUUUGAAUGGUCCUUUAUAAUAAAAUCAAGAGAUGAAGAAAAUUGUUGGGUAAGCAAGAAAAAUAUAACUCUUUACUAAAUGGAGCAGAAUAAAAUAGACUACUUUGUGUAUUUAUUGAU